AUGGCUGCUGCAACGAAACAUCUUGGUUUUUCGGUGACUUACUCAACCUCUUAUGAGCAUCCGUAUGCUCUUGCACGCAAGUUAUCUACAUUGGAUCAUUUGACCAAGGGACGUGUCGGUUGGAAUAUCGUCACCUCGAAUUUGGAAAGUGCAGCCAAAAACUUUGGAUUGUCACAUCAGAUUGGACUGAAUGAAAGAUAUGAGCGUGCUGAUGAGUUUAUGGAGGUUGCCUAUAAGCUUUGGGAGGCAAGCUGGGAGAAUGAUGCUGUUGUAUUAGACCGUGACAAGAACAUCUAUACCAAUCCCUCCAAAGUACAUGACAUCGGGCAUAAAGGUGACUAUUAUUCUGUUCCUGGUAUUCAUUUAUAUGCAACGAAAGAGAAAGAAUAUUUGCAGCAGCACAUCGAUUACUUCAAUGAGCUUCGGGCACUCGGACAUGUUAUUGGAAACGGAAAGCUUGAGGAUGAUGCUGAAGGAUUAGCUAUUUUUAAAGCUACUUCAAAGGAUCUGGCUGCAACGGAACUUAAAUCACGGAUGGAGCAUGGUGAACGUCCAUUUAUUGUUGAUGUUCGAGAAGACAAUGAAGUUGCAACUGGAGAGGAAGAAAUGCUACAAAAAACAAAUCGACUUACACUCGUCGAACAAGUGGCGAAGCAGAUAGAAGAGUUGAUUGAACAAGGAGUGUGGAAGCGCGACGAGAGAAUUCCUCCCGAGCCGGAGUUGAUGGAGCAGUUGGAGGUUAGCCGUAAUACGCUCCGAGAAGCGAUCCGUGCUCUGACCCAUGCGGGAAUGCUGCAAACAAGGCAAGGAGACGGGACCUACGUUCGAUCCACUAGUACAUUUGGUCCAGCGUUGCAACGUCGAGUCUUGAAGACAGAUGCUCUUCAAACGUUGGAGGUCCGGCAUGCGUUCGAGCGCGAGGCGGCGAUCUUGGCGGCACGUCGUCGUUCAAAGGAAGAUCUGGAUCGCAUUCGCCACUGCCUCGAUCGGUGUUUCCAGGCGAUUGCUGACAAGGAUACUGAGGCCUACGUAGAAUGGGACUUGCGAUUCCACAGCUCCGUCAUAAUGGCUUCGCAUAAUGAUCUCUUGAUCGAGAUGUAUUCGAAUAUUGCGGAGGCGUUGCAAGAAGUGAUCGAAUCAGUUAAGAGCAUUAGCGAUCAGAAUCAGUACGUCGAUCUUCAUGAGCAAUUGCUGCAAGCAAUUGAUAAGCAGGAUGAAGAGUUGGCGGAACAAUCCGUUUAUCGUUAUAUCCAGCUCACUCAAAGCCAUUUU